AUGAAAGUUUUGCAUAAGGCGCGCUUCCUUCUAUUUGAAUCAAAUACUGUGAACACUCCUUUUACUAGUCUCGCAAAUGAGGAAGAUAUCACCAAGACUGAAUACAAUGGAUUCUUUGGAGCUAAGCAACUCUCACCAAGUGCUGUUCUUGCCCAAUCAAUGGCUAAAAUUCGAGUUGAUUUGCCUCGCACCUCCUUGAUUGAACCUCAGGCUGCUACGAAGAUAUCUCUUGUUUGUGAGGCUUUACUGAAAGCAAUGCUACCUGAUACUAAGAAGUUUCUUUUGCCGAUCCUCACUUGCUAUGUUAAGAAACAGCCACAGGAAGUUGAAAAGGGACUGCUGAUUCUCAACCAAUAUAAAAAACUAGGUGAUUUGCAUAUGUGGGAGAGGGGAUUGCGUCACUUGCAAUACUACCUUCAGCCUGUUCGUCUCUUCCAUCUCGCAUUGGGUACCUACGAUCUCGAAUUGGCAGAAUCCCUUGCCGAACGCUCUCAACUGGAUCCCAAAGAGUACCUACCAGUUCUUGCCCAACUUCGAGCUAUCACUACACAAAGUAACGGUGACGCCAAAUCAAAUACUUCUUACCAACAUGCACGAAUCGAUCUCCUCCUAAAACGAUAUUCGAGUGCGCUUCGUGGUCUCUAUUUGGCUGGUCCGGAGCACUGGGGGGAGUUUUGUGAUGUGGUUGAAAACCAGAAGCUCUUCUCUGAAGCGCUUGAUUUACUCCAGCAGGGUACUCCCCAAUUCUCGGAAAUUGCUAAUCGAUGGGCUGAAACUCUUGUAGCGUCCCAGCGUUUAGUAGCUGCCGGAGAGGUACAUUUGCGUGCUGGUCACUAUGCUUCUGCAGCUCAACUUUUUGUCACUACGCGCUCAGUUCAACUUUGGCGUCUCACGGUUGAUCGAGGUAUUGGGGAGACCAAACAAGCUGAAAAUGCGGAAUUCCUUUCUCUUGAGGUUAUUAGCACUCAAGCUAGGAAACUUGCUGACGACCUAAAGUGGCUUGGCAGAUAUUUGGAGGCAGCCUCUCUCUACUCCGAUUACCUAAAGGAUUACAUGAAUGCUGCAUGCACAGCUGCCGAGGGCGGUCACUGGCUGGAAGCCCAUAGUUGGGCCGAGCACGCUAAUAAUAAGGCAGAAGUCAACGCUAAAAUAAAGGAAAUUUCUCUCAAGGCUUACUCCGACUUCGUCUCCAGCUUAACUCAAAAUUCGGAGGAAUUCCGCCAGUCCUUUGAUCGACUCCUUGAAGUACGUGCUGAGCUAAAAGAAAAAGCUCUAAAUGCUGCCGCCGGUUUUGGGGAUGAGGUCUAUGACGACACAGAGAGUGAGCUUUUCUCGGACACCGGAAGUGUAGUAAGUGGUUUUUCUUCGUCUUCUCGGAGUAGCCAAUACUCAAAGACUUCUGGACGUUCACGAAAGAAUUGCCGAAAACGAGACCGAAAAAAGUGGAGCACUAAAAAAGGAAGCAAGUAUGAGGAAGUGGCCCUUAUACAGAUUCUGCAUACCAACAUUACUGCAUGUCAGCGUCUUUUUGAAGGCGUCGCGGAGUUAGUGAAGGAAUUAUGGCGUCAUUGUCUCUCUGAGGAAGCUACGAAACUUGCUCGACAAGCCAAUAGUCUUUUGCUUAUUCAACGCGCUUCCUUGAGUAUUGUUUGGUGCAACAAAAUCACAGGGGAAUGGAGGCGUUUCUACUCUUUCCGCCAACUUUGA